UCCUCUGCUGUUUGUAUGUUGGUGUUCUCAUCUGAUUCCUCCAACUAAGAUUAAACACUUUGCUCAUGUGCUGUCUGUCAGUGUGGACUGCAAAAAACUCACAACACUCUCUCACAUUCUGCAAGUAUGGACUGUGUAAGUCCUUUCUACUCAUCCUUUUCUCUGCUUCCAUUCCUUCACUUCCUUUUAUCUUCACACCCUAUUUCUUGUAUCCUCUCAGAGUUUUGAUAACUCAGUUCCAUUUAUCAAUCUUAUAUGUCAUAGUUGCACUCCUAGCACUAGUAUCUGAUAGGAAAGAAGCCAUCUCCACCAGAACUGUCAUAAAACCCCACAUUUUGCAUUUUAAGUAUAUCACAAUUUAACCAAUUCCUUGUAUUCAUAAACAAAGGUAUUCAAAUUCUUUUUGUUCUUGAAUCUGCUACUGUUGGUUCUUCCAUGAGAGAAUCUCACAUGUCCAUUCCCCACUUGUUUACAUGUCCAAUUAGUCUAGACUUGUUCAAAGAUCCAGUCACUUUAUGUACAGGCCAAACCUAUGACAGAUCAAGCAUAGAAAAAUGGCUGGCUGCAGGUAAUCUCACAUGUCCUAUCACAAUGCAGAAACUCCAUGAUCCAUCCAUGGUUCCUAAUCACACUCUACGCCAUUUGAUUGAUGAGUGGCUUCAUAUGGGUGACCAAUUUGAUCCUGAAUACUUGGCAACAAUUGAUUCUUUAACUGCACUAAAACGCAACCUUGAAUCUCAUGAUGUCACCUUAGAAAACAAGCUCCAAACACUUGAAGAGAUACGAAAUUUAUCUGAGGUACCUUCAUCCAGAAAUUCAUGUUUGAUCCAAUUACGCUUCUUGCCUCUACUUUUGCAACUAGUUUUUGGAAAAGUAAAAACCACACUCUCCGAAGGCGAAGAUGAUUUAAAGUUUGUUGACGUAGCACUUUCUUGUGCUCUAAGAUUGCUGCCUCUCGAUGAAAUGGAGUGUCUGAAUAUGCUUAAAGAAGAGUCUAAAUUAGCAUCAUUCCUAAAUUUAUUUGAGCACGGCACUGACACGGUCAAGAUAAGCUUGUGUCUUCUUAUAGAGGCAAUAUCAUCAUCAUCGGAGACAAAAGAGCUUUCUGCUAUGCUUGGAAAAACCAAUGAUCUCUUGCAUAAAGUGGUUCUUCUUGUUCGCGAUGGUUCUGAGGCUGGAAUUAAAGCCUUAUCGGCUUUAUCUUCAUUGCAGUCUAAUCGAGAGAAUUUGGUCAGAGAAGGUGCGAUAGAUGGACUCAUAACCUAUAUUAUGAGUGCUGAAAAAGGUGAAAAAAACUUGGCACCAAUGGCAAUGGCAACACUAGAGAAGCUUUUAGGACUAGAGACUGCAAAAGAGGAAUUAAUUAAUAACCCAAAUGGCAUUCAUGCUAUUGUUAGGAUGGUUUUCAGGGUAUCGGAUCAUGAAGGCAGUGAGAAUGCAAUUAGCUUGCUUAUGAUCAUAUGUUAUGAUUCCUUACAGGCAAGGGAAGAAGCAAUUGAUGCUGGAAUUUUGACUCAGUUACUAUUGCUUCUGCAAAGCCAGUGUAAUGGUAGGACCAAAACAAAGGCAAGAAUGCUGCUCAAGCUGCUUAGAUCCAAGUGGGAUGAAGAUUCUAAAAAUGUCUAGAUUAUAUACAGUAUGGGAUGUCUGAUAUAGUGCAUGUGCGGGGUCUUACUUUCUAUGUGUGUAUUGGCUUCCCUAAAACUUUAUAUCUGUACAAUUCAUAUAUGUUCUCUUAU